ACUUGGCAGUCGCUGAGUUUAAGCAUAUGUGUGUCUAUCAUUCUAAAUCCCAAUGCAAAGUAUAUUUUUCUGUUUUAUUUUAAAAAUUAGGAGCUAAUGGACCCAACAAGAUUUUAAUUUCGGUUAUGAAUGAAAAAUUCCCUUCAAUUUCUGGGUAAGAGAAAAGUUUUGAGCUUUUGCUUUCCCUGAUUUUUUCUCAAAGGGAACCCAUUUUGGGUUUAGGGUUUUAGGAAAAGUUUGGAAGCGUUGGUGAUCGUGCUGAAGAAGAAGCUUUGUAGCUUGUAAAUGGGUUUUCCUCUUUCAUCUACUCUUAUCUGCUGUUGUCUGCUCCAAACAUCAUGAAAUAGAAUUCGGUUCUUGCCCAUAGAAGAUAUUCGCGCUUUGUAGAGGUGAUUUCUGGGUUUUGCUUUUCUUACUUUUUCUAGUUUAGAAAAUGGUAGAUCCAAGUGCAGUUUCUGGGAGUGAGAGCGAGGCUCAGUCUGAUAGUGGGAGGUCUGAUUCGAGUACUCCAGUGGAGACUUCUGAAGAAGGAGGCACUGGUUCUGAGAAAAGUUCAACGGUAGUCAUGGUUCCGGGAAGAAUAUUGCCGGCAAAGAUCAAUCCGAAAUCAAAAUUGACCGAAGAUGAUAUGGGCCGUCUGCGGAGGCUAUACCGGAUUCCAGAAUCAGUGGAGAUUAGGCCUCCUUCAAAUGAUGAAAGGGCGGACCAUGAAGUUCCUGGGUGGUCAGUUUUUUAUGAAAUUAUGUUCAAAGUAGGUAUUAGGUACCCAGUACCCUCUUUACUAGCUGAAGUUUGUAGAUUUUACAGUAUUGCUCCAAGUCAAUGGAUGCCCAAUGGCUUAAGGAUUAUUAUAGGGAUUCAAUGUUUGAGAGAGAAAGAAAAUAAGGAAUUCAGUUUAAGGGACCUUCUGGAAGCAUAUUCUGUGAAGAUGGGUGACCCUGGCAGAUAUACAUUGGUGUGUAGGCGUGGAAAAAGCAAUUUGAUCACUGAGUUGACAUCAAAUGACCAUGGUAUUGGUUGGAAGAAAGAAUACUUCUUUGCAAGAGGAGCCUUAGUAUUCGGAAGUGAAGAAGGCAUUGAAUCUGCAUGGCGACUGGCAGAUAUGUCUGGAAAUGCCCAAAAGGGGAGGAAGAAGGAUCCCGAAGUUGAUAGGCGAGUGAAAGAAUUCUACGAAAUUGACUCGUUCAAAAGAUCGUGCAAACACAUUUUGACUCGACACAAUUUGCAGGAUACAAGUUUGUGGAAGUACACAGGAGACAAGAUGUUUGAUUUAGAAGGAGAGUUUGAAUCAGUUGAUAGUCUGUUUGAGAUGGUGAGACAGUCGUGUAUUUCAGACAAGACGUUUAAUUUAGAAGGAGAGUUUGAAUCAGUUGAUAGUCUGUUCGAGAUGGUGAAACAGAAAGAAAGUCGUUCCAAGACAAAGGCUGUGAAGUCUAGUCACCAGCGAUUCAAUGAAGAGCGGCGACUGAAAGAAAAAGAAGCUCGAGAGGAAAAAGAAGUUGAAGAGAAGAAGAGGACGGAUAGAGCUCAAGUCGAGCAAGACAAGAAAAAGAUUGAAGAAGAAAAGAAAAAAGAAAAAUCAGAAGUUACUGUUCAAGGCAAAGGGAAAUUGCCUUUGCCGACUGGCGGUAAGAAGCCAGGCCAGAUCAAGAAAGGUGACUAUCCUCGAAUGCCAAGGGGUUGUGGGGAUCAACCUGUUAAAGAGAGUCGAGAUGCUGGCACUGAUGAUGAAAGUUCUUUGAAACGUCAUCGAGCACAGAUUGAUAUUACUGGAGAUGAUUUUGAUGAUGAAGUCAGGAAUGCUGGUACUAGUGGCGCUGAUGAUGAAAGUUCUUUGAAACGUCAUCGAUCACAGAUUGAUAUCACUGGAGAUGAUUUUGAAGAUGAUGUCAUGAAUGCUGAAGAUACUUCAACAUAUGCAACUGUAAAGAGGGCUUGCCCAACCCCAAUUCCUACUCAAGAAGUAAGGGUUCCAAGUCAACAGGGAGCUGAUGUUAAUAAAGAAGGUUCAUCUCAGCAGUAUGUGGCGAAUGGAGAAAGGAGAAUAGUUAUAUCAAUCUCAGAAUCAUUCUCUGUGACCACCACUCCUGUGAUGCCUCCAGAUAGCAUCAGAGGGCUAUUAUUUCCAGAGGAUGCGGAGAAGCUUGGAAGGUUGGAUCCGCAUGCUACACUUGAUUAUGCUACAGCUCAUAUUUUUGCGGGUUUACAAGGGUUAUUGAAAGCAGGUGAUGAUACUGCUAAGGCUGAAGUUGAGAAGGAGAAGAACGAAGCCCGAAUCAAGUUUUUAGAGAAAGAGGUUGCAAAGGCCAAGCUUGAAGCUCAAGAAGCCAAGACUUGUGCUGCAAAUAACGUUAAGGAUACUCUGGAAGCAAUAAGAGGGCUACUGAAAGACUCGGAAGGCAGACUUGGUAUUGCAAUGGGAGAGGUUGAAUCUCUAAAGAAAAGAUUGGAGUUUGGCGCUUCAGAGUUAAAAGAAGCAAAGAUGACGCUUCAGAAGGUGGAGGAAGACUGCAAGUCUUAUCAAGAAAAGUGGGAGGCCGCCCUAAAGCAAGUCAGUGAAUUGAAGACAGACUUGGUUAUUCAACAGGCAAAGAAUGACGCGGAGAAGUUAAAGGCUGAGAAAAAACAUUUGAUGAAAAUGAGAAUAGCUGGAGGAGUUGGUGGCGCCUAUCGGAGGCUGGAACUCUUGAAGGAAUACAAAGAGGGGAAAGACUACUUGUGGCGACCAGACGAAGAAAUUCGUAAGUUGGAAGAAAUUAUAAGGCACUACCAGCCAAGUAAGAAAAUUGAAGACAAAAAUACAGUAACUUCUAAACCAGGCGCAAAAGCUACAAGAAAAAGGAAAGAAUGAUAAGGAGUUGUAUCUGCCUGGCGCGCACAAGGUCAAUGAACUAUGUUUUGUUUAGAUGUUUAGAUGUAUAUGUUUAAACAUAGUUCAGAUGUUUUGAUGUACAGUAUAUGUUUUGUUUUGUCAGUGUACAGUUGUCAUACCUUAGGUGAGCCUUGGGCAUGUCUCUGAGAAAGGACUUUGGGCAGUCCACAGGUGGGUCGUGUUGGGCUGGUUAUCUGCAUGUAAGGCCAUGGGCUAUGAGCCCGUUAGUAGAUAGAUUUUACUGGACUUUGUCAUCAAGGCCCAUUUUUUAGCCACUGCAAUGAACAAGUUUGAUUGUUUUGUCUAAGCUUGAAAUACCUGUAGGUUACACAUUACCAUUCCGUUAAGAAAAGUGAGAUUACAGUGGGAG